AUGGCCGACGGCAGCCCCACCUCCGUCCUGCAUCUCUCCAUCAUCCGCUGGAUAGCUGAUAAUUUCUAUUUGUGUGAAGGAUGCACCGUACCCCGUUGGCUACUAUAUGAAUUGUAUAUGGAAGGCUGCGGUCCAAAUUCCAAGUAUCAAGUAAACUCAGCCACCUUUGGAAAGCUUAUUCGAUUAGUUUUCCCAGGUCUUGGGACAAGAAGGCUGGGCACAAGAGGGAGUACCAGGUAUCAUUAUGAUGGAAUAGCUAUCAAGAAAAACUCUUCCUUUUAUGCACGUUAUUGCUGUCUUCUGUCUGAAAAGAAUUAUCUCAGGGACCGCUCUCCAGGGGAAGGGAGCAGCUCUGCCUGGCGGCCAAGCACCUCUGCGGGCACCAGUGGAAACGCCUGCAGUUAUGGAGAUGCAGCUGGUUACAAGAGCCAUAGCCCCCAAAAAAGAACAGAUUUACACUGUUCUCCAUCUGUCAUUUAUCUGAAGACUCAACAAGAGAGAUUUCUGUACCCUUGGCCUGAAUUCAGCAGAUUCUAUCCUUGGGAGCAAGAGUUAGCGAAGAAAUAUUCCUAUGAAAUGGUUGGACUGCUUGCCAAUGAGUACUACGGCUAUUGUCAAGAUAUUUUACAUAUGGUGAGAAAGAAAGAGCUUAACAAGGUGGAAGCCUGUAUCAUGUCAUUCUGGAGGUCUCUGCAGCCUGAAAGAAUAGCACUGAUGUCCAUGCCAGAUGUGUGCCAGAUGUUCAAAAGCUAUGAUAGGCAGCUAUUCAAGGUAAUGGAGAACAUCCUGUUUCAUGAUUUCCUAGAGGAGGUACCUGUGGAACACAUGCAGUCAAUCAGAUUGUUCAGUAAAAAUGUUGAACUUUGGCUGCUUAAUGCUUUGAAAGGGUUUCCAUUACCGCUCCAAGCAUCCAAAUCUAAAGAAGUUACAGUGUUUAUAAAAAGACUCAGGAGAAAGACAGACCUUUCUAACAUGGCCAAGACAAUGAGAACAGUCUUGAACAGCAACAGCAAAGUCACUGUUCUGCGAUCAGACUUGCACGCUGUCAUCAACCAGGGAUUCCUGGAUGUGCCUGGAAACCUCUUUCAAAUGAAGUUUAGGAAUCCGGAGGAGCUGCAGAACGACAUAGAACUCAAAUGUUUGAAUGACUUAAUGUCUUUGCUGACACCUUCCACAGAUAUUCGGGUUCUCCUGAACUGUGUGUCUUCAAAUCUUCAGGCUUUUGUCAUUGAGCCAAGCAGGAGUAAAGAGGAGUUGAGAAAAGUGGCAUCAGAUUUCCAGUUGAGAUGGAGCUUCCUACUGACUGCAAUAAGCAAGGCUUUGACCCUCAACUAUGCAGACAGUUUUGGAUCCUGGCAUUUGUUUAAUUUGCUACUCAUGGAUUUUGUGGCUCACAUUUUCCUGUCCUAUAUAGAGGAGGAGGGAGAUGAAAGUUUCCUGGUCACAAAGCAAAACGAGCCCCGUGUUGUGUGGGUUUAUGAGCCCAGUCAUCUCUGGGGCUAUUUUGCAGAGGAGCAACCUCAAGUCAACGCUCCACAGACAGCUCUCAUAACUUUGAUGCAGAGCCAGAAUAACUUUGGAUUAAGCAACGUUUUUGCAGAGUUCUGAGUUUUUCGGUGGACACAGCCACAGGCAGCAAGCUCAUUUGGGUCAUUUUGGAAGAGAGAAUUCUAAGUUAGAUUUUCCAGUCGAAAGAGAAGCACUUCUUACUCAAAAGGAUGGACAGACAUGCUUUAUUUUUGCCUCUGAGGAACAGCAAAUCUUCAGAGAAAACCAACCUGACCUGAAAAUUCUUUAUGCUGGACCAUUCUUACUUUUUGAAACAACUUUAAGAAAUACUGUUUUCAUUCUCUUAAA